GGACGGCGACCCGAACCAGUGCGAGUACAGCCAGGGUGAGGAUGAUGACUUCGGGUGGGAGCUCGUCCGCAGCUAUAUGAUGCCACACCUGACGGCCGACCUGCCUCACGGCUCCUACCUGAUGGUGAACUCCUCGCAGCACGCCCCGGGCCAGAAAGCUCACCUGCUCUUCCAGGCGCUGAGCGAGAAUGACACCCACUGCCUCCAGUUCAGCUACUUCAUGUACAGCCGGGAUGGCCACAGCCCCGGCACCCUCAGCGCCUAUGUCCGGGUGAUGGGGGGCCCGGUGGGCAGCGCUGUCUGGAACGCCUCCGGCUCCCACGGCCACCAGUGGCACCAGGCGGAGUUGGCCGUCAGCUUGUUCUGGCCCAGCGAGUACCAGGUCCUCUUCGAGGCGGUGGUCUCCAGCGAGCGCAGGGGCUAUCUUGGCUUGGAUGAUAUUUUGCUCUUGAAUUAUCCGUGCUCGAAAGCGCCUCAUUUCUCCCGCCUGGGCGACGUGGAGGUCAACGCGGGGCAGAACGCCACUUUCCAGUGCGUGGCCGCCGGCAAGGCUGCUGAGGCUGAGCGGUUCCUCAUGCAGAGGCAGAGCGGCGAGGUGGUCCCUGCCGCCUCCGUGAAGCACAUCAGCCACCGGCGCUUCCUGGCCACCUUCCAGCUGGACGAGGUGUCCAAGGAGGAGCAGGACCUGUACCGCUGCGUCACCCAGUCCAGCCGUGGCUCGGGCGUCUCCAACUUCGCCGAGCUCAUUGUGAAAGAGCCCCCCACGCCCAUUGCACCCCCCCAACUGCUCCGGGCCGGCUCCACCUACCUCAUCAUCCAGCUCAACACCAACUCCAUCAUCGGGGACGGCCCCAUUGUGCGCAAGGAGAUCGAGUACCGCAUGACCUCGGGGCCCUGGUCAGAGGUCCACGCUGUCAACAUGCAGACCUACAAGCUCUGGCACCUGGAUCCGGACACGGAGUACGAGAUCAGUGUCCUGCUCACCCGACCUGGCGAGGGGGGCACCGGCAAACCGGGGCCGCCCCUCAUCAGCCGCACCAAGUGUGCAGAGCCCAUGCGGGCCCCCAAAGGCCUGGCUUUCUCCGAAAUCCAGUCCAGGCAGCUGACGUUGCAGUGGGAGCCGCUGGGCUACAACCUGACCCGCUGUCACACCUACACCGUCUCGCUCUGCUACCGCUAUUUCGUGGGCACCGGCCACAACCAAACCUUCCGGGAGUGUGUGAAGAUGGAGCGUAACGCCAACCGCUACACCAUCAAAAACCUGCUGCCCUACAAGAACAUCCACGUCAAGCUCAUCCUCUCUAACCCCGAGGGUCGCAAGGAGGGCAAGGAGGUGAUAUUCCAGACAGAUGAGGAUGUGCCCGGUGGCAUUGCCUCGGAGUCCCUCACCUUCACCCCGCUGGAGGACAUGAUAUUUCUGAAGUGGGAGGAACCGGUGGAGCCCAACGGCCUCAUCACACAGUACGAGAUCAGCUACCAGAGCAUUGAGUCCUCCGACCCGGCGGUCAAUGUGCCUGGCCCACGACGCACUGUCUCCAAACUACACAAUGAGACCUACCACGUCUUCUCCAACCUCCACCCCGGCACAACCUACCUCUUCUCGGUCCGGGCCCGCACUGGCAAGGGCUUUGGCCAGACAGCGCUCACCGAGAUCACCACCAACAUCUCUGCACCCUGGCUCCCUGUUGGCCUCCUGGGCAUGGGCGGUGGGGUCGAGCACCAAGGGAAGGGCAGGACCAUCCUUUUUCACGAAGCUAACCUGUGCGUGGCCCUCACCAGCACCUACCAGGUCAUCGUAGAAGAAGACCGGCCCAAGAAGCUCAAGCGGGAGUUGGGUGGGCAGGAGUGCUUCCCGGUGCCGCUCACCUUCGAUGACGCCGUGUCCCGCGGCUCUGUACACUACUUUGGGGCCGAGCUGCCUGCCAGCAGCCUCACCGAAGCCAAACCCUUCACUGUGGGGGACAACCAGACCUACAGUGGCUACUGAACCCCGCCGCUGGAGCCCAAGAAGGCAUAUCUCAUCUACUUCCAAGCCAUGAGCAACCUCAAAGGGGAAACCCGUCUGAACUGUGUCCGGAUCGCCCGCAAAGCUGCCUGCAAAGAGAGCAAGCGUCCCCUGGAGGUGUCGCAGCACUCGGAGGAGAUGGGCCUGAUCCUGGGGAUCUGUGCUGGAGGGCUCAUCGUCCUGAUUAUCCUCCUGGGAGCCAUCAUCGUCAUCAUUCGGAAAGGAAAACCCGUCAACAUGACCAAAGCGACCAUUAACUACCGCCACGAGAAGACACACAUGAUGAGUGCCAUCGACAGGAGCUUCACCGACCAGAGCACGCUGCAGGAGGACGAGCGCCUGGGGCUCUCCUUCAUGGACACCCACAACUAUGGCAACCGAGGCGACCAGCGCAGCAGCGUGGUCAAUGAGUCCAGCAGCUUGCUGGGGGGCUCCCCCCGCCGCCAGCGCGGCCGCAAAGGGUCCCCGUAUCACACCGGGCAGCUCCAUCCUGCCGUGCGGGUGGCGGAUCUCCUCCAGCAUAUCAACCAGAUGAAGACGGCAGAAGGCUACGGCUUCAAGCAGGAGUAUGAGAGUUUUUUUGAAGGCUGGGAUGCUUCAAAGAAGAAAGACAAGACCAAAGGGAGACAGGAUCACGUGUCGACAUACGACCGUCACCGAGUGAAGCUGCACCCGCUGCUGGGCGAUCCCAACUCAGACUACAUCAAUGCCAACUACAUCGAUAUUCGGAUUAACCGAGAAGGCUACCACAGGUCCAACCACUUCAUAGCCACACAAGGGCCCAAGCAGGAGAUGGUGUACGACUUCUGGCGCAUGGUGUGGCAGGAGCACUGUUCCAGCAUUGUGAUGAUAACCAAGCUGGUGGAGGUGGGCCGGGUGAAAUGCUCCAAAUACUGGCCAGAUGACUCCGAGAUGUACGGGGACAUCAAGAUCACCCUGGUGAAGUCAGAGACGUUGGCCGAGUACGCCGUCCGCACCUUUGCUCUUGAGAGGCGGGGCUACUCGGCCCGGCAUGAGGUGAAGCAGUUCCACUUCACGUCAUGGCCCGAGCACGGCGUCCCCUACCAUGCCACAGGGCUGCUGGCCUUCAUCCGCAGGGUGAAGGCGUCCACGCCGCCCGACGCUGGCCCCAUCGUCAUCCAUUGCAGCGCCGGCACGGGGAGAACUGGCUGCUACAUCGUCCUGGAUGUUAUAGUGGACAUGGCUGAGUGCGAGGGCGUUGUGGACAUCUACAACUGUGUGAAGACCCUGUGCUCGCGGAGGAUCAACAUGAUACAGACGGAGGAGCAGUACGUCUUCAUUCACGACGCCAUCCUGGAAGCCUGCCUGUGCGGGGAGACCAGCAUCCCUGCCAGCGAGUUCAAGCCCACCUACAAGGAGAUGGUGAGGAUAGAACCGCAGAGCAACUCCUCGCAGCUGCGGGAGGAGUUCCAGACCCUGAACUCGGUGACUCCCCACCUGGACGUGGAGGAGUGCAGCAUCGCCCUCCUGCCCCGCAACCGGGAGAGGAACCGCAGCAUGGACGUCCUGCCGCCCGACCGAUGCCUUCCCUUCCUCAUCUCCGUGGACGGAGACAGCAACAACUACAUCAACGCGGCCUUAACUGAUAGCUACACCGAGAGCGCUGCCUUCAUCGUCACCCUGCACCCGCUGCAGAACACCACCACCGACUUCUGGCGGUUGGUGUCAUCUUCUGGUUGCACUGGUUUUUUGGGGUGCGACAGCAGUGGCUUCAGUGCUGCUGCCAUGUCCUUAACGGUGCUCAUCUUCCCUCUGCAGAGCUACACCGAGAGCGCUGCCUUCAUCGUCACCCUGCACCCGCUGCAGAACACCACCACCGACUUCUGGCGGUUGGUGUAUGACUACGGCUGCACCUCCAUCCUCAUGCUCAACCAGCUCAACCAGUCCAACUCCGCCUGGAUUGACUGGAAGCGAUGGCUGCCGACGAUAUUCCAGAGCUUCUGGAGGAACAGGCGGGCUGAAGACGGCUCGGUGUGGGCAGAGAUCUCCUCCCAGAAAGGAGAGCAAGUCCGGCGGCAGCAUGCCAAGGUGUUCCCGUAUCACCUCCGGGAUGGUCAGGAGAUGUUGAAGCCGCCCACCAACCUGGCUCCUCUGGGUCGGAAGCCCAGGACGGCCCUGGAUGAAGGGCUCUGGCGCCAGCUGCCUGGGAAGUUCUCCAAUGUCACCGUGACGCCUGUGUUGCAUCAUGGUGACCUCACAAGCUACACCGAGAGCGCUGCCUUCAUCGUCACCCUGCACCCGCUGCAGAACACCACCACCGACUUCUGGCGGUUGGUGUAUGACUACGGCUGCACCUCCAUCCUCAUGCUCAACCAGCUCAACCAGUCCAACUCCGCCUGGAUUGACUGGAAGCGAUGGCUGCCGACGAUAUUCCAGAGCUUCUGGAGGAACAGGCGGGCUGAAGACGGCUCGGUGUGGGCAGAGAUCUCCUCCCAGAAAGGAGAGCGUACGAUGGGGGCCCAAGAUCCCUCAGGCAAACCUUGA